UAGACGAGGGCCUCGAUAUAAGGAAGCAGCUCUCCCGCGCGGUAACGUGAUGCCAGGCACGCGCGAUCCAUCGUCGUCUCCGGCGCUGCACCGCAGAAUUUAUCUGGCCGAGCUGUAACGAGAAGCUGCAGCAGCUCUUCCUCUAUGUGCGGCCAGGCGAAUAUUUCCAGGACGCGUCUCUGCUUUUCCGCGAUAUCGAGGCUGCGCGCGGCACAGCGCAGCACGGCACGCGAAACGAGACCGCCGCUGAAGGAGAGUCGUCGCAUCGUAUUAUGCUAAAUAUACUCGGGGAGGCUGUGUGUGCCACAUGCAUCUCUCUAUUGACUCUUCUGCAUCCGCAGAGAUAUUUCAUGAAUUUUCUCCCCCUGCGCGCAUAGUGCGGAUUCGCGUUGGGAAUUCUCAGCCGCGCGCAAUUAUUGAAAAAGCAUAGACGAUCGUUGCAAAACGCGCGUAUAGCAGUGUGUAAUUCCGCCGAGAGACUCCUCCACCCAUGACCGCAACAAUUCGCAUUAGGAGAGUCCUAUUUUUCCAGCAUCAAUCUCGCGCGCGGCACAUACUAGUCAUUAGAAACGCUGCUAUAUGUUGCUGCGAGUAUGAUCGAAUGUGCGUCGCCGCUUCUAAAAUCGCUCGGCGUAAGUAAAAUCGCCAGCUCUCGCGCGCGCUCUUUUAUAAUAGCCGCGCGCAAUUUCAAGGUAAACGAGAGAGCCGCCGCCGGUGCACAAAACCCCGAGAGACCUGCUCCUUCGCCGCCGCGAAUAGAUUUCUCCGUAUUGCAUGCGCGCGGCUCUAUCGGCAUGUAUGUGUACGCAGAUAUGCACGCGGCGGAGAUAGCUGCUAGCUGAGAGAAACAACCGCGCGUUAUCAUCGCCAUUAUGCGAGUGCGUCCGCACCGAGUUGGCAAAAUAAACCAGUCGCGCCGGCCGGGGAGUAUGGACACUGCGCAGGCACAAGUACCUUGAUAAUAUGCCUCGCUACGCGACGACGAUUCUAGGCCUCUUAAUUAUCUAUUUUUCAUUGUCGGCGCUCUCGCGAGGAGGAAAACCACCGAGCGAGCAACCGGGGCGAAAAAUGCCCUAACGGAGCUGAUUUUCGCUACGAAGCCUCCGACGGCGGCGAUCAUCUAUAUUCGAAGUGGCGGCUCCGAGAGUGCGCGGCUAUAGCUAUAUCCAUAAGCGAUGUUCUGGUAGCCGCUGACAGCGAGAGUAACGGGUCGAGCGCCGCAGCGGCCGAGAGAAAAAGAUUACGGUAACCGACCAUCCUUAAAAGCACCCACACGGCAUUACGUUAUGGCCUAUUACCAGCCAGGAUUCGUCCGGCGAGUUUGCGAGAGACUGGCUUGUUUAUAUUGAGCGCGCUCGGGAUCGAUCGGAUGCGUACGAGCUACAUUCCGCGCGUCAAGUGCUCGCUUAUGUAACCUCGCUGCAGCGACGUCGAUGGGUUCACACUGUGCGCCUCAGGAGAAAAAAUCGCCUCGGGGAGAUAUUGGACUAGAUGACUCGGAGCUAACGCUAUCUCUCACGGCGGACGGAGCCGGGGCUCUUAUUAGCCGCGCGGUGAAAGGUCGGCUUGAUAAGGCUCUCAUCGAACUCUCGAGAGGCCCGAGCCGCCUCAAGGAUGUAUCCCCGCAGUACAUAUUUUAGAUAGCCGCGAGGCAAUUCAAUCCGCUGAGCCUCUUUCGGAUGCACUUGUCUCUCGUUAUUGUCUAUAAAUAUGCUCAGCUCUCGGGGGCAUCGCGCUUGCGCACUUUACAGCAAUAACCCGAAUUUUUCGCGCCUCGCAAACUCUGCGCUCGCGUAAUGAUCCAUUUGCGAUUUUUUUCGGCCGCGCGCGAGCGCACUUGUCCCGCGCUCCGCGGCGGCUAUAAACAUGCGAGCUUUUACCCGCGCGCGAGUUUUUAUUACGGUAACGAGCCUUUUUACUCGCGGCUAAAUGAGUCUGUAAUGGUCGAUGCUCUCCAACUUGCCGUGAAUUUAUUCCCACACGCCGAUGCGCGCAUCGGUACAAAAAAGAUCGAUCCCGAGUAAAUAGAGACGCAACGCUGGCAAAAUUCAAGGAGCACAGAAGGGGCGCGUUGUUUCGCGUACGGCAACAUAAGUAAUCUCCGCGCGCGCGGGCAUGUAUACACGCGCCGCAUUACCCGAUUGAAUAUCAUAGCUACGAGCUACGGCGAGCGGUAGCACACGCGGUAUACACCGGCUGAAUUAUCGGGAUAGAGAGAAGACGCUCAGCGCUUGCUUUCAUCUCGCGCUGCAUAUAUGCCAUUACCGUUAAUGCGAUUCGCCUUGAUUGCACCCGCGCACGCGCUCGCUCUUUCUCGUACCUGUUGCUCGGCGAACACGUACUACACGAGGGAUGAACGCGAAGCGUUAGCGAUGCGCGCACACGCGGCGCUAGUUACAGAAAUCAUAACCUUGUUACAACGCUCUCUCUCUCUCUAUCUCUCUCUCUCUCUCUCUCUCUCUCUCUCUCUCUCUCUCUAUCCCGCCAAUAAGAAUGCCAUUACAGCAUUCCGCGCGAUGUGCCGCGCGUGUGCAGUAGGUACACGUGUAGGACGAGGAGCUGCCACUUAGCGUCUGUUUGUUCAAGCUGAAUUCCUCUCUCUCUCUCUCUCUCUCUCUCUCUCUCUCUCUCUCAGCUGAGUUUCUCGGUUUGCUCUUUUAGCGAAAAGUCUCCAGCCCUAGCGCUGCAUAACGAGGAUAUCGGGUGGAAACAGAGUAUCGGCGAUAUUUCACGGCUUUUGAGUUUUCAACGGGCCCGGCUGAUUGCGUGGAAUCGCCGGCUCUGGCCGUGGGCUAAACUCAAUUAAGCAUCAUUGGGGCCCAAACGAGCGACAUCUAUCACGCGGCAAUGAAUCGUAAUGGGCUAGAGAACAGCGGGGGGUGCGGCUGUACGCGGGCGCGCGCGCUGGGGAUGAGAGAGAACAAGAUGACAGCUAUUCGUCAUCUCGCAGUCGUUCAACCUGAAAUCCAGCUCUCGCGAGAGAGGAUGAUGAAUAAGGAUUAAUUUACUCUCUCUCUCUCUCUCUCUCUCUCUCUCUCUCUUUCUCGUCUCCCUCUCUCUUUCUAUAUCUACUUUUUUGGUGCGCGUGUUUGGACGCUGCAAGUGCACGGCGUCUCGUCCGUUGAUGCAUCGUAACAAUUUACCCGAAAUCAGUCAGCGCAUUGUGCAACGAAAAUACCUGCGCAGAUUAAGUGUUGCGAAAUUUCCGUAUUACGACUUUCCAUAUCUCUCGCUUAUGGCGCGAAAGGUAUCGCGCGGCAGGAUAAAUGCGUUAUAAAUAAACAUAAGUACCGCGUCAAUCUGAAUAAAGUAUCAACUGCGCGCCACCCACGCACCAAAUCCCAUAUCCUCGGAUGAUACGGCUCGCUCGAGGAUCCGCUCGAAGGAAAGCCAUACAUAAUCUAGCUUAUGCCCUCGACUCGCGGUGAUGGAAUCACCUGUGCCUGCGGAGCAUAUCAACGCCGCGUGUACCUGCUGCAGCGAGAGUCUAAGAGAGAGCGUGAGGGAGUCGGGGAGGGGGAAGGAAUUCAUCAAUCCAAUGGUGCACUUAUAGCUCGACUCCGCUGACUGAUGUCCGACGCUUAUCGGCUCUUGGCGCGUCACACGAAAAAAAUGCUUUCCGUUGUGUUGCUCAGCGGCAGCAACAGGUCGUUGAGCCGCGCGCAUAUAUGAGUUACGCCUCGAAUUCCUAACUCCGCUCGUGAUACCGACGCAUCUCUCUCUCUCUCUCUCUCUCUCUCUCUCUCUCUCUCUCUCUCUCUCUUUCUCUCUCCCUAGAACGUUACGAGUUCAGCGUCCCAGCAUGCGGUCCAACAAGGUGCUCUCGCGCGACGUCGUAGUCAUUAUCGCGAGUUAGUGGCUUUCGGGGAAGAGCGAAUUCAUAUGGGCUGCGGCCAAGAUGGCUAUGCCGAGACCGAGUGUCAUAACGUGCUCAUCACGAAAAUUUAUAAAAUUCCUCCGCAGUCGCAUGAAAGAGAAGAGAAGAGAGAGGCAGGUCGCGGGUAUUAAUGACGAGCGAUAAUUCUUGCAGCGCGAGGGCGGCUACGAGUGCGUGUAUGUGUGACGACUAUUUUACGGUCAUGCCGCGCGCUAUAACGCGUAUAAAGCCUAGGCGCGAGAGGAAAGCCAUUUCUCUCUCUCUCUCUCUCUCUCUCUCUCUCUCUCUCUCGUUCCGAGCGCGUUGUUAUGAUGUGAGAGCAGGCGAGAGAAGGAACGCUGCAGCUCAUAUUUUUGUACAUCGUAAAAUGUAAAGUAGAAAUUAAGAAAUUUCCAGGGCUCUAGUUGAGUGAGUGCGCGCGGAGAGAGCUUAUUACGUCGCUGAUGGAAAAGAGUUAACGGGUUCGAGCCUCGCUCUGUGCUAUAGGGCUUUGUCGUACAUAAAAAUCUGGGUCGACAGAGCCGAGACACACUCGUUUUUAUUUUUCGACUUUACACCGAUACACUUUGACGAGUAAUUAUAUUGGUCAUUUGACCCCGUUAUACGCCGCCAAGACAUUUUUCCCAGGUGAUUCGGUCCCCUCGAAAAAUGCGUGAGUCGAGUCGAUAUGCGUUGGAAAAAUUAAACUUGUUGUCGUCGUCGUCGUUUCUGUUGCGUUAAAAAACAAUCGAUGGUUUAAAUUGAUGAUCCAAUAGAUCCCUAGCUCUUAUCUUAGGAUGGCAAUGCACUCGCAUGCGGAAUGAGGUUUUCUGCGGUCAUUUGCACCAACAAUCCUCAGCUCAAAUGCGUCAAUUUAUCUCACAGCUUUAUCGAUUGUCUCUACAAUGAUAAGGGGACUAUUUUAAAAGCGAAUAAAUUUAGUGAGACAGCGGGUGCAUCCUCAGUGCAAUUUCGCUACCGAUACAAUGUGGUAUCGUGUUUUUGUUUGCGAUUGCCGAGUAUAAAAGCGUUGCGUAGGUGCAUUCUGAGCACACUUUUCAAAUUUUGUUUGCGAAGUGUUUUUAUUUCAUUAAGAGCAGCGGAAUUAUGAUCAUUUACUUUUUGCUCAUUUUGUUGGGCCUGUGGGUCUUUAAAGUGUAUUUUCAAAAUAAGAGGUCGAAAGAGUUGCUUGACAAAAUUCCUGGACCACCGACAGUUCCGAUCCUUGGAAAUCUUUUGAUGUUCAACGUUCCCAUAGAAAAAACUUGGAACGUCAUAAGAGACCUGAACAAGAACUACUAUCCGAUCGCUAAAUUUUGGUUGGGACCCUACCCAUAUGUGAGCAUUCAUCAUCCAGACGACUUGGAGAUUUUGCUAUCGAGUACUAAACACCUUGAGAAAGGAAGCGCCUAUACUGUUCUGCACCCAUGGCUAAGAACGGGUCUACUGACAAGCAGUGGAUCAAAGUGGCAACAGAGACGAAAGAUUUUAACGCCAGCGUUCCACUUUAAAAUUUUGAGGAAAUACAUGGACAUUACUAACGAACAUGGAAAGAAGUUCAUAGAAGCUCUUAGAACUGAAAACAGCGAGACUGUUCAGAGUCUUAUGCCGUUCUGUUCCAACUACACCUUACACAUUAUUUGUGAAACAGCAAUGGGAAUAGCGUUGGAUAAGAUCGAUACGAAGAUCUCGAAGGAGUAUAAGAAUGCUGUUGCUGAUAUUGCUAACCUCAUAAUGUACAGAGUUAUGAGGCCGUACUUGAAGGAGUGGAUGAUGCUCCCUGUAUGGACCUUUGGCCGUUUACAAACGCAAACUCUUCGAACUCUUCACAAAUUUACAAAAACAGUGUUGACAGAGCGCAGAGAAUAUCAUAAAAGAUCUGAUAACAAAUACUUAAAAGGCUUUCACGACGAUACUUAUGAUGUUAACAAAGAUGAUGUUGCGAUAGGUGGCAAAAAGAAGUUGGCGAUGCUCGAUCUCUUGCUGUCUGCUGCACAAGAUGGUUUGACAGACGACGAAGGUAUCAAAGAAGAAGUCGAUACUUUUAUGUUCGCUGGUCACGACACUACUGGAAUUGCCUUGGUUUAUGCUAUCAUGCUGUUAGCGGAACAUAAAGAAAUUCAAGAAAAAGCUAGAGCCGAAGUUAUUGAAGUUCUCACUGAAAGUAACGGUGAAAUCGGUACUUUGGAAAUUCAGAAAUUGCAUUACCUCGAGCGGUGCAUCAAAGAGUCUCUACGAAUAUUCCCACCGGUUUCAGCUCUUUCGCGUACUGUCAAAGAAGAUAUCCAAUUGAAAAAUUACGUGGUACCUGCUGGAACCGAAAUAGGAUGUCACAUAUUUGAUCUCCAUCGAGAUCCGAACUUUUGGCCAGAGCCGGAAAAGUACGAUCCCGACAGAUUUCUGCCGGAAAAUAUUCAAGGACGACAUCCCUACGCUUAUAUACCGUUCAGCGCAGGCUCUCGCAACUGCAUCGGUCAAAAGUUCGCCAUGAUGGAACUGAAGUCUUUGACGGCCCGUAUUUUAUACAACUUCGAGUUGGAGCCCGUCAGUCAGACAAAGGACAUGAAACUAACCCUAGAUUUAGUGACCAGACCUUUGGAACCGGUCUACACGAAAUUCAUAAGGAUCGAUAACAACAAUUGAUCUGUAUCAAUCUGGAAUCUCGAAAACCCUGUAACAUAAUAAAUUCAUGCCAUCCUCUUAUAUUCUCCACGUCUCAA